UUUGUGGUUUUAUAUCUCAUUUUUCCAUUCAUCAUAUCUCAUAUAAUUUAGACAUUGGUCGACUUUCAUUUUUUCGCGGUCAUAUCGAGCUAGUCAUGGUCACAUAAUUCAAUGUACUUUAAAAUUUAUCCAAUAUUUGUUUCUCUUUUAAUAGAAAUGCUUAAAGGCUAUAAUAUAUAUUCGAAUUUUCUUACUUCGUUUUAGUAACUAGUUUUGUUUCUACAAUAUUGAUUGUAUGCAAAAGUGACUGCUGACUUCUAACCUUUUAAUUGUAGUUUUUCUAUUCAAAGAUUAUUCGUCAUUGUCUGCUGCAAAACAGCUGUGGCUUCAAUCAUACAGGAAAUAUGCCUUGUCCCUUUUUAACUCGUCUGCCAGCGAAUUAUAUUUGCAAUUAUGGAACCUCUGUCAUUUUGAAUUAUCGACAACACUGUCCCGUCAUGUCCAGAUUAUUCAGCAAAUUGUCUGAUCCAAUGCCACUUGAUACAACUAUUGUUACUACUGCUAGUAUCCAACCUGACCCGAGCGCUAAUAAGUGUCCAUUUCUUUCUAAAAAGCCCGACGCUAUCAAAGAAGCAAGUCCUGCGAUCAAGGAGGACGUUAUUAAUUUGACUAAUAAUUCUAAAAUCAAAGAUACUUUUCAAUAUGAGGACUUUUUUUAUGAGCAGAUUAUUCGUAAAAAAAAGGACCAUUCUUACAGAGUUUUCAAAAAGGUAAAUCGUUUAGCACAAGAAUUUCCUGCUGCUAUGGAAUAUUCAUGGGGGAAAAAAUCUAUUACUGUAUGGUGUUCAAAUGAUUAUCUUGGAAUGUCUAGACAUCCUGGUGUUGUUAAUGCUGUUCAUGAUGCAUUAAAUAAAUAUGGAGCUGGUGCUGGUGGUACCCGAAAUAUUUCGGGUAAUUCUAUGGGUCAUGAGAUGUUGGAAAGAAGAUUAGCAUUAUUACACCAGAAAGAAGCAGCACUUUUAUUUAGUUCUUGUUUUGUAGCUAAUGAUUCAACAUUGUUUACUUUAGCUAAAAGUCUUCCAGGCUGUCAUAUAUUUUCUGAUGCAAGUAAUCAUGCUUCUAUGAUUCAAGGUAUCAGAAAUAGUAAUGUUCCAAAACAUAUAUUCCGUCAUAAUGAUGUUGCACAUUUAGAAGAAUUAUUAUUAAAAGUAGAUAAAAAACUUCCAAAAAUUGUAGCCUUUGAGACAGUUCAUUCUAUGUCUGGAGAUAUUUCACCUCAUGAAGAAUUAUGCGAUAUAGCUCAUAAAUAUGGUGCAUUAACAUUUGUCGAUGAAGUACAUGCUGUUGGUUUGUAUGGCUUUUCAGGGGCUGGUAUUGGCGAAAGAGAUUGGUGUCUUCAUAAAAUGGAUAUAAUAUCAGGUACAUUAGGAAAAGCUUUUGGAAAUGUAGGAGGGUAUAUCGUUAGUUCAACAAAAUUAGUAGAUAUGAUAAGAAGUUAUGCAGCAGGUUUUAUUUUUACUACAUCUCUACCACCUACAGUUCUUUAUGGAGCUUUAGCGUCAGUACAAAUUCUUGCAUCAAAUGAAGGACGAACAUUACGAUCAAUUCAUCAAAAAAUUGUUGCCUAUAUGAAAUCCAAUCUUAUUACAGCUGGACUUCCUGUUAUUCCUUCUUGUUCACACAUUAUUCCAAUAAAAAUAGGAGACCCAUUAAUCUGUAGUCAAAUUGCAGAUACAUUAUUAAAAGAAAAAGGUCAUUAUGUUCAGGCAAUAAACUAUCCCACUGUUCCAAAGGGAGAAGAAAGAUUACGAAUAGCUCCAACACCAAAACAUACAGAGCAGAUGGUUGAAAAGUUUGUAGAAGAUACCUUAAACAUAUUUCAAUGCUUAAAUGUACCGAAAAUAAAGGUUGAAAAAUCAAUGGAGUUAUCUUCAAGAGCUAUUUUAGUACAUUGACAAAAGUCAGUAAACUGAUAUAUUAUUAUGUUAUAAAUUAUAAAUUGUAGAUGUACAAUUUAU